AUGGCAGAAGCACGUCCAAUAUUGUCUGAUGUUGGUUUAAUUCCAUUUUUUGACGUUGGCAAUGACAUUAAUUCGUUGGGACAAAGAUGGACACGCUGGCUUCGAUCUUUUAAUUUGUAUGCAACAGGUAAAGGAGUUGUAGAGGCACAACAGAAAAAAGCAUUAUUGUUACACAGUGCGGGAAUGGAAGUACAAGAUGUGUAUUAUACCCUGGUGGAACGAGACCCGGGUGAACAUGAAACAGUGUACGAAGUUACUGUAGAAAUUUUGAACAAUCACUUUACACCGCAAGUAAAUAACUCUUUUCAAAGGAACCAAUUCCGGGCAAUGGAACAAAAACCCCAAGAAACAAUUGAACAAUAUAUAACCAGGUUACGACAAAAGGUAAUUUAUUGCAAUUUUGGUAAUGUAGACGAAGCUAUUUGCGACCAAGUAAUAGACAAAUGUAGUUCAAAGAGAUUGAGAAGAAAAUUAUUAGAAAGGCACAAUGUUACCUUACAUCAAUUGCGUGAAACGGCACAGGCAAUGGAAGCUGCAGAGAAACAGGCAACUUCGAUAGAACAACCAAUUGAAUCUGUCAACAAAGUUUCAACUUAUGCAAAUGAUACAUGCAGUGAACCAGAUUACGAUAACGAAGAUGAUGAUUAUGCAUUUACAGUACAUGGGAAUCAAGGCAAAGUCAGCAAAUUUACAGUUAAUGUUGGAGGUAUAGAUGUUCCUGUGGUGAUUGAUUCUGGUGCAACUGUAAACAUUAUAGAUAGGACACUUUGGGAACACUUAAAGAAGAAUAAGAUUAAGUGUGAGUCUAAGACAUCGUCUAAGAAUUUGUACGCUUAUGGUAGUAAUAAGCCACUUACUAUAGCAGGCAGUUUUAAUUCAAAUGUUUGUGUGAACGACCGCUGUGUUUCAGCUGAUUUUUUCGUGAUUGAGGAAGACGGCCAGGCAUUACUUGGACAUAAGACGUCAAUAGAACUUGGUGUAUUGAAAAUAGAGACAAAUGUUAACACAGUGACUGAUAAUGUGGUGAAAACUAACUAUACAAGUAAAUUUCCAAAGGUAUUUUCAGGUGUGGGAAAAUUAGUAGACUUUCAAUUGAAAAUUCCUAUUGACAAAAGCAUUCAACCUGUAAUUCAGCCAUUACGUCGUAUACCGUAUCAUUUGCGAGGAAAGUUAGAAGAAAAACUGAAUGAACUUGUAGAACAGGACAUUAUUGAAGCUGUUAAUGGGCCAAGUCAGUGGACAUCGCCAAUUGUGGUUGUACCAAAGAAAAAUGGUGAUAUACGCAUAUGUGUUGACAUGAGGCGCGCAAAUUUAGCAGUCAUGCGUGAAAGAUAUCCAAUUCCAACUGUAGAUGAGGUAAUUCAAGAUUUGAAUCAAAGUAAAGUCUUCUCAAAGUUAGAUAUUAAACUUGCGUACCAUCAAAUUGAACUGACACUAGAGUUCAGACAGAUAACUUGCUUCAUGACACAUAAAGGAAUAUUCCGAUAUAAAAGGCUCAUGUUUGGAAUAAACUGCGCCCCAGAGAUGUAUAACAAAGUAAUGAGUCAGGUAUUUCAAGGACUUGAAGGAGUAAGAAACAUUUUUGAUGAUGUUGUUGUGUAUGGCUCUACUUCUAAUGAGCAUAAUGAGACACUCGAUGCUGUUCUUCAAAGAUUAGAGGAAAGAGGACUGACACUUAAUAUUGACAAGUGUAAAUUCAACAUGGCAAACAUUGAGUUUAUGGGUCACAUGUUAUCAGAACAUGGGAUUGGUGUGUCUCAGUCUAAAGUUGAAGCAAUUGUAAAUGCUAGAAGGCCAGAAUCAGUUUCUGAGAUCAGGAGUUUUCUAGGGUUAGUUAAUUUUGUUGGUCGUUUCAUACCAAAUCUAGCAACUGUAGCAGAACCACUACACCGCUUGCUCCACAAAGAGACAAAAUUUCAAUGGGGACCAGAACAAAAUGAUUCUUACGAAAAAUUGAAAAAAGGUCUGGUGGUUGCGUCUAAUUUAAGCUAUUUCAGCUUAAAAGCGAAAACUCAAGUAAUUGCAGAUGCCAGCCCUGUCGGCUUAGGUGCUGUUCUAGUACAGAAACAGAAUGACGAGUACAAAGUCAUAUGCUAUGCAAGCAGAAGUCUCACAACUAUCGAAAGGAAGUAUUCACAAACUGAAAAAGAGGCGUUGGGGUUAGUAUGGGCCUGUGAAAGGUUCCACAUGUAUUUACUGGGUCAUGAUUUUGAGUUGCUAACAGACCAUCGUCCAUUGGAAUUUAUAUUCUCGCCUAAGUCUAAACCAUGUGCUCGAGUUGAAAGGUGGAUGCUUAGAAUGCAACCUUUUAAAUAUGUUGUGAAAUAUAUUCCAGGAUCAAAGAAUAUUGCAGAUUCUCUAUCCCGGUUAUUAGUGGUACCGAAAAAUGAAUCAAAACAAGGAGAAAUAAAUCAAGCUGAGGAGUAUAUACGUUUUGUUGCAUCUGAAUCUACACCAAACGCUGUAAAGAUUGAAGAUGUGGAUAAAAUGUCACUUAAUGACAAAGAAUUACAAAAUAUUAGAAAUUGUUUGUUAAAUGGAAGAUGGCAAGAUUUGCUAAACAAACAGUAUUUAACAGUGAAACAGGAACUUAGUUCUAUAGGUCAUAUUGUUCUUCGUGGAACAAGACUAAUUAUACCGACUGAAUUGAGGAAUCAGAUACUGAAGUUAGGACAUGAGGGACAUCCUGGAAUUGUUUUAAUGAAACAAAGAUUAAGAUCAAAAGUUUGGUGGCCAAACAUGGACAAGAGUAUUGAAGAGUAUUGUAAGUCUUGUUAUGGGUGCCAGCUUGUCGCAAACCCAGAGAAACCAGAACCGAUGAUACGAACGUCACUUCCGUCUAAACCGUGGGAACAGAUAUCAGCAGAUUUUUUAGGACCGUUACCGUCUGGAGAAUAUCUAUUUACCGUUGUUGACUACUAUUCAAGAUGGUUGGAAGUGACAAUUAUGAGUAAAAGUACAAGCGCAGACCGUGUAAUUGAUGCUCUGGACAAAAUGUUUACUAUACAUGGUUUACCUAUUUCAAUCGCAACUGACAAUGGACCUCAAUUUAUUAGUGACACUUUUAAAACAUACUUGGAUCAAAAUGGUAUAGUGCAUAGAAGAAUUACACCCUUAUGGCCAGCUGCCAACGGGGAAAUAGAGCGUCAGAACCGUUCAUUGCUAAAGCGCAUGCGUAUUGCAAAUGCUGAGAAAAAGAACUUGAGUACUGAAAUACAAACGUAUUUGAAGAUGUACAGGUCAACACCUCAUUGUACUACAGGUGUAAGCCCAGCUGAAUUGUUAUUUAAUAGAACGCUUCGCACAAAACUACCUGAUAUUCAGAUCCGUUCACAUGACGACACUGAAGUGCGUGACCGAGAUAGUCAAAGGAAGGAGAAAGGAAAACUAUAUGCGGACACAAGAAGGAAUGCGACAACAAAUGAUUUGAAAGCAGGAGAUUCUGUUUUAGUGAAACAAAAUAGAGGAAAUAAAUUGUCUACAACCUUCAAUCCGAAACCAUUCACACUGCUGGAAAAGCAUGGAAAUAGUGUCGUUGUUCAAAAUGAUGAUGGUGAUACAUAUAAGAGAAAUGUCACACAUAUCAAAAGAUUCAUUGAAAGGAAAUCUAGUGAAAAUCAAAAUGUCAAUAGUGAAAAUGUCAAUAGUGAAAAUCAAAAUGUCAAUAGUUAA